AUGGCGCCUAGUUUGUUUGGGAGAGUCAAAUCCAAGGUCAGAAGGCCACGGCAAGCUGCUGCCCAAGAACCUGCCUCGGCACUUUCACCACCAGCACCAACACCUUCGCCAACACCGUCUCGACCUGCAUCCCAACUAGCUACUCGACCGACAUCUCAGCUAGCGACUUGUCCACCUACCUCGAUGGUUUCCGACGCCUCGUCGCUGCCGAGGCUACAAGAGCGACUUUGGGACGAGGCCUAUGAUGGGCUUAAGCGAGCGAGCCUGCUUAAAGCGAGCGAGCCUCAGCUUGUCGAAGCGUACGAGAAGAUCCUAUCCGCCGGGCUUCAUCGAAAUGACUUGAGCUCUAUUGCCUGCGAACCGGUGGAAAACGAGAUAGGGCGGACUCGGGAGACACGAUGCCGCCAAAUGCAGCAGUUGGUCCACGAAGGACUGGACCGGACGCAGAAGCAAGCGUCCAUCAAGCGAGGCAUCGAUGAAGGCUUGCAAGUAGUGCAAACUGUGAGAGGAAUAGUGGACAAGGCGGUUCAUGCGGCUCCGGAAGCCGUUGUCGCCUGA